CAACAAAAGAACAACAAUGUAUAGGUGUAGUAAAAACUCUCAGUGAGCAUAUCACAGUAUAUGAAGCUAAGAUUUUUAUUUUUUUCGGGGGGGAUAGGAAAAUAGAAAAGAAUUAGAAGACUGUACUAAUGGGUCAGAUGUUGAUGAAAGAGAUGUGUUCAUAGCCGAUUCUUAAAGACAGCUACAGAAUCCACUGAUCUUAUGGCAAGAUGUAGGAAAACAAACCGUUCUUUUCUUGCGUCCUUGCCUAUAUCCUAGUUGUAUUUUAUCACACUAUUUUCAUGUUAACACAUACAUGCCUUUUAAAACUAAACUUUCAACUUUAAAUAGUUUUCUGUGUAAAUCAACAUUAUGGCACAAAUGCUGUUAAUACUGCCUUCAAACCUGAAACCCAAAGCACAUUUACAUAUAUAAACUUGCACCCGUUCUUACGCCCUUUCCUGUUUUUACUGUUCGUUUAGCUCAUCUCACAUUUCUUGUUCUCUCUUUUGCUAUUGUUAUAAACUUCCCUAUUUUGCCAUCGAGAUCAGAUUUUAGCAUCCAGACAGAACAAAUGGCUCACGGAUGCUCGUCGCUCAGUGUUCAGUUGCUCUGGUCUGGGCUCUGGUAUUGAUUGCACUUGUGUGGGAGACGGAACACGUAGUUCCUCCAGCAACAGGGUGAGCAAGGGGCAUCUGAACCAAGCACCUUUGAGUAGGUGGACUGUUUCUAGAUCAGAUAUUACACUAGUGGCUUAGAAUUACUCAAACCAUGAGUGAGUGUAUAAAGAUACUGUACGAAUGCUGGUUAAAUGGGUUGUGGACGUCAUUUCAUGUUGACUUAUCUCUAUUGUUUCGACUAGAUUUCCUGUCACACACAUUCAUUUCUUCAUGUGUAGAAAAAUAUAGAAAAAAUACAGUAUGUAGUUUCACAAACUGUGUUUAGAUUUCCCAUUGUUUGUGAUCACAGUCAGAUGACAACCUUGUUUUUUAAUAUUCCUCCUAAGUAAUUUUACCAGCAAAAUGAAAUUGAUGCUCGAGCAAAACAUAACCGAUUUUCCUCGGGGGCGUUUUAUCUUUCUGAUUCACACUUACAGUACAUACGAACGGCCAGUGUCGCUCAUUGUGUGAUUAUUUAGGCUGGUGUAGGUGUGUUGUGGGGGGAGCGGGGCAGGGAAACCCCGCCGGUGCCCCGUCCCUCUUCCUUCCCAAACACCCUCAAAACAGGAAGCAAAGCCGUUCUGAAACAAUAGGGGUCCAGAGACAAAAGCAUACGCUAUAUCAAAACCACCAGCGGCUAGUAGCAUGUGGUCAAAAGAGCUUAAAAGCACAGACUGUAACACAGACAUGGACAGAGGUCAAGAGAAAGACAAGGAAAAAACAGCCUGUAAUGUCACCAUCCACAAUCGCUGCAGGGACACGUUACCAAACUGUGUCAAAAUGAAACAAAAGCAACAGAAACUGGCGCUGAUGAGGAACAGUUCGGCCUAUCAGAGCGUGACACUGAGGAACAAAUCCAAUUUAAAAGAAAGACCCAGCUCGGCCAUCUACCCUUCAGACAGUCUUCGACAAUCAUUGCUCGGCUCUCGUCGAGGGCGAUCUUCUCUCUUACUUUCCAAAAGCGUCUCCACUAAUAACAUUGCCGGGACUCUGAGUGAUGACUGUCCUCUGGGACUGCGCAGGAUUUUGUCUCAAUCCACAGACUCCCUCAACUUCAGGAGCAGAACCAUGUCAAUGGAGUCACUCAACGAUGAGGGAGAAGGAUACUUCACCUCUCUGUUGGAAGAGAUGGAGUGCGAGGGGUGGGAAUUUGAGGCGGAUUCCUGGAGCAUGGCUGUAGACUCCGCCUACCUGCAGACGCACCGUAAAGAUGUUAUCAAGAGACAGGACGUCAUUUACGAGCUGAUCCAGACGGAGAUCCACCACGUCCGGACGCUUCGGAUCAUGGAUGGGGUGUUCAGACGGGGCAUGCUGGAGGAGGUUCAGUUGGAGCCAGGGGUCGUGCACGCGCUCUUCCCCUGUCUGGAGCGACUGCUGGCGCUGCACACGCACUUUCUAACACAGCUCCUCGCUCGACGCGCCCACAGCCUGCAACCUGACAGCACAAACAAUUUCACCAUUAACCAGAUCAGUGAUGUGCUCAUGCAGCAGUUCUCAGGUCAAUGUGCCGACGAAAUGCUGAAGGCCUACGCCGAAUUCUGCAGUCGUCACACGAAGGCCGUCAAACUCUACAAAGAGAUUCUGGCUAGGGACAAGAGACUCCAGCUCUUCAUACGGAGGGUGGGCCGGGGGCCUCUGCUCCGGCGUCACGGAUUCCAAGAGUGCAUCCUGCUGGUUACCCAACGCAUCACUAAAUACCCCGUCCUGUUGCAGCGUAUCUAUGACAACACCAAAGACAAUCCCGAGGAAGCUGCAGGCCUCUCUCAGACGCUUUUUCACAUACGUGAGCUGCUCAGCUCUGUGGAUCAUCAGGUGAUGGAGCUGGAAAGAACACAUCGGUUACAGGAGAUCCGUUCCAGGGUCGACCCUCAAGCCGAGGCCAAACUCCGCUCCGGGGCUUUGUUCAGACCGGCCGAACUGCUCCGCAGGCAGCUGAUCCACGAGGGCACGCUGCUCUGGAAAACCCCCAGCUCUCGACUCAAAGAUGUUCAGGUUCUGCUGAUGACUGACAUUCUAGUUUUCUUGCAAGAGAAAGAUCAAAGGUUCAUCUUUGCCAGUUUGGAUAAGUCGGCUGUAGUCUCCUUACAAAAUCUAUUGGUCAGAAACAUAGCCAAUCAGGAGCGAGGUUUGUUCCUGAUCAGCAGCGAGUCCAGCCCACCUGAGAUGUACGAGCUGUACGCCGCAUCUAAAGAUGAUAGAAACACCUGGAUGCGGUUUAUACAGCAAACCAUCAGCAGCUGUCCGUCAAGAGAAGAGUUCCCGUUAAUAGAAACAGAAGACAAGGCACUUCUGCGAAGACUGAAAGCUGAUAUCCAGCAGAAGGACAGGGAGGUCUUAGAGCUUCUUCAGGAGCGGGUGACACUGUUUUCUGACAUGGCAGAGGUCAUGGGAGGUUACGAGGUCACAUUGCAGCACUGUUCCAGAAACCUCUUCAGAGCCGAGUCUUCGCAAGCCCCUCACGGAGAACAGCUGCUCACUCAGGCCAUAACCGAAGUGGACAGGUUGACAGACCUGCUGUUAGGAUCCGGUUUUGAGGUUCCUCUGCCCUGUGGUUCCAACGGUCACCAAUACCACACCGGAGCGCUAGUAAUCAAUGGACAAGAGGUGUUGGUCAAUGGCUCUCAGGAGAACCAGUCUGCUCAGGAUGGGAACGGGAAUCAAAUGGCCGACAAAACACCCAGUGAGGAGGUAUCACAGAGGAUGGUUAAUCUCAGUGCACAGCUACACGCUCUGCAGGGUGUGGUCAUACGACAGGACUCCAUCUUAGAGCUGUGCCUACGGGAUAGCCCCGUGUCUCCAGCCACCACAGGAGCCCGACCGGUUCGCUCCCUGUCCCGGGAUGGAGGUGACGUGGGUGAGCUCACCCUGCUGCAACGGCAGCACAGUCUUCUGCAGGAGGAGCUUGUACGCCUCAGGGGAGCCGAAGGCAAACUCAGGGACAGCGAGAGAGCAAGAGGUCAACUGGAGAAACAACUCAAGGAUUUUAAGAACAAUAGCGCCACUCCGGUGGACGGUGCUGGAACUACAGGCUCACAGGCUCCAUCAGCUCGUAGAGAGAGUGAUACCGACCCCAACACUGACACCCCAUUGGCCAGUCAGGAAUCAAUGGACCAAUCGGACGGCUUGCAAGAAUGCAGUGACGUGGAAGUGGAUGUGAUAUCCGAUGAUGACGACGAAGUGGAUUCGAGAGUGUCUCCUUGUUCAGAUAGUCCUAGAGAUUUACAAGACAUUCCUGAGGAAAGCGAGACCCCCGCGGAUCCCCGGGGACCCUGCGUCUCACACUGCUAAUAUUUUUCAUUUCUCAAUAAGACUGGCCUGCUGUCUGAAGGAACGGACUCUUAACUGAGCAAAUCUUCCUCCUAACAAGAGAAAAUACAUGAUAUUUAGUUUAUAAAACUAAUCAUUUCAUUAUACACGUACAGUAUUUAGUUUUAUCCUGUAUUAUUGCUUAUAGCUUCUGUGUGGAUGUUUAUGGCGUGUUCAUUUUCAACAUGCCUUCUCUUUGGAAUCCCAUCAUAUGGCUUUUGACUUCCAUGGACCUGUGAGGUUAUGCCAAAGCGCCGUGAUUUGGAGAUCAUGCACAUAAUGGGACUUUGCACUUGAGCGGAAUAAAACGGUUGUCUUACAACUCUUAAAGUAUCUAGAUCAACCAAACGUAACUGUUUUAGGACCCAGCUCUCAAGGGUACCAUUCAGAAUUGAUACGUACUGUAUGUGAGACACUUGUGUGCUUCGAACCGAUGUAUUUACGCUGUAUAUCGGUAUAGAUUUAUAUAUGUACAUAUAUAUGCACAGUAAAAAAUAAUUGUUGUUUUUUGUUGUUUCAACAAAAAAAGUUACCUGGUUGCCUUAAAUAAAAAAAUUCAACUUAAUUCAGCUUAAAUAUAUUAGUAACUCAAUGAAUUUAAUGCAAACUGGUUGUGUUGACAAAUAUUUUUAAGUUGAAUUAGCUCAAAAUUUUAAGGCAAUCGUGUAACUUUUUUUUUUUGCGUUUUUUUAAGUCAAUUUUUACAGUGUGCUGGAGCACGCAAUGGCAGAAUAGAUCUUUUUUUCUAUAAAAGUAAAACAUUUUAGUUUGUGAGAGGUCAUUGUGAGGAAAUGUUCUUUUCUUGUGUUGUGCUUUAUUUUAAAUGUAUUUAUUUUCCUUUAUAUUGGAUGGAGACAUUUUUUGAGAGUUUAACAGAAGGAAGCCAUAACUUGAAUAGCAACGUUUAUCCUAAGACCAAAUCAACUGGCUCUCUACUCUGAAUAUGGACAUUUUUUAUGACCAUGUGAGGACAGUUUUUCACAGAACUUAGGGCUCUUUUAUGAUGGAAUUAUAUUGCAACUGAAAGCAAUAUAUAGAAAUAUAUUUGCAUCUAAAGCAAAGAACUUAUUUAACCCUGGAAGGUUUUUUUUGCAAGCCACAGUGUGUUUAUAGAGAACACUUUGUAAAUAUGUGAUGAUUUAUUGACUGAAUUGUAUCACAUCCCAAAAUUAUGUGUCUUACUACGAUUUUGUUGAUUCUUUCAUUUUGGUUUGGAAUGUUUUAGCAAUUACUUGACUUUGUGCCAAAAUUUGCUCGGCUGAAUAUUGCUAUAAUAUUUUAUGCUUUUGUUUUAGGCAGUUCAUUUCAGGAAACAAAAUCAUCAAAGAUAUUAUUGUAGGAUGAUCAGUAGAACAAAACAUAGGAUUUAUCACAUUAAAAUGUUUGUAUAGAAAAUGAAAGAGAUUUACAAAGUGGAUAUAGAAUGCUGUUAUGAGUUUAAGAAUUAAAAGUGUUCAUAUACAACAUUGUGGGGCUGUGGCUAUAUUAUCCUUUAUAAAUAUUUAUUUUAUAAUAAUGUGUGAUCUAAGAGAUGAAUUUCACAUUUCCCCCCAGAUUGUUGUAAUAGCUGCUAAUAGUUGGAAACAGUGCCAAACAAACCUGUUAACUUGUAAUUAGUUUUGCAGAGUGCUGAAAGUGUUUUUUACAUACAGAAAGAGAGCGUAUUAAAUGUUUAAUUAAAAGCAUUGUGCUUUAAACACAACACAGAACUCAAAACUCAGUGUGACCACGUGUUGUCUACAUGUGUCAUUUUAAUGGCAUUUGUGUUUCUUAAAUUUACAAUUCCAGAUCUUCCUGGCUACCAACUAAUGCAUAAGACAAUGUCAGCCAACAGACUGAUAUUAAUAGCUUGGUGGCAAAGCAUAGCUGGCAUUCACACACACACACACACACACAUAUUGUACCUCAUCCAUCACUUCUCUCUUUUAAAACAAAUGUGUGUAGAA